AUGUCCACUACACCUCCCACCACAGAAAAAAUGUCGCCAACAAAUUCCUGGCACACCUUCGCUCAAAAUUUUGCACGUCUGUUGGAAGACACAGAAGGUCACGAUUUAAUAAUAACCGUUGGUCGAGAACCAUUGGUGAAAUCCUUUAAAGCUCAUUCGGUCAUCCUUCGGGCGCAUUCACCAUACUUUCAUCGAGCAUUGUCAAAAGAGUGGGCUCGCACCGAAGACGGUCAAAUAGUUUUUUACAAACCCAAUGUUUCCCCGUCAGUUUUCAAGGUCAUACUGAAGUAUUUAUAUACAGGCAUUAUAGACGUCGAAAAUAAAGAAGGAGAAUUCUUGUUGAGCCUAUUAACCGCCGCCGAUGAGCUGAUUCUUCCCGAACUAGUCUUCGAAAUCCAAGAAUUUCUUAUCUCCAUUCAAUCCACCUGGAUCCAGGAAAACUUUUACCACGUCCUCGAUUUCGUCUUCACCAACGACAACUAUUCUACCCUCCAAACCUAUUGCCUGGAUGCCAUUUGUGCUGAUCCACAUAUGCUCUUAAACUCCGAUUAUUUCUACUGCUUGGACAGUAAAGUCUUACGCUCUUUAUUGAUGAGGGAUGACUUGGCGAUCGAGGAGGUCGAUCUUUGGAACUACUUAAUCAAAUGGGCAUUCGUCCAGCACCCCCCAUCCAUCGCCGCCACCGAUUCCGAAGAUCCGAAAAAAUGGCCACCAGAGUAUUUUGCAGUCUUUAAGAAGUCCGUUGACGAGUGCAUUCCGUUCAUCCGGUUCACCGCCAUGACACCCGAGCAAUUUCGCGAGGAGGAACCGAAUCCCUUCGCGCCUCGUCUCAAGCCCAUGGACUCAAAUCUCAUUGCCUAUAAACAUGCAGCGUUGAUUUCUUCGUGGAUUGACCGCCGCGAGGAAACUCCCUACUCUCACACUGAGAUUCCUUACGACUUCACACUGCUCAUGCGCGGCUCAAAGGACGGCUAUACUCAACAAGCAUUGCAAAAGCAAUGUGGAGGACAAGCGAAGACGGUAAUGAUAAUGAAGAUCAAAUCAACCGAGGAGAUUUUCGGAAUGUACACUUCUGGUGUAUGGAACAAUAAUACUUCGAGUGCAUCAUCAAAGACACAUGAUAGCUUUAUGUUUUCGUUCGGCGAGGGAAGAGAUACACGCAAGCCAGUGGUUAGUCGGGUGAGAGCAGCUGGAUACGAAUUGGCAUUGAAUCGAGGGCGACAGAGGGGAAUGGAAGAGUUGGAAAUAUUCAAGAUUACGCAGAAAGCGAUGUUCAUGUUGUAA